GAACGCUUUAGUUCAAAUUCAGUAUUCGAUUCCCUUCGGUGCUGAACACACGUUUACCUCCGAAUUAUUUCUUCCAAGUUAUCUUUAAAAUUUCGUAUUCCAAAUUUUCGUCUUUAAUUUCGGAAAAAAAUUUUAUCUGAAUAAAAUGUUUAAGAAAUCUGCAGUAAUUGUUGGACGAUGCAGCGGCGUCAUGCGUCCCAGCUUCUUGGUUCGUUCGCACCACUUAGCCAGUUUUAAACAUGCAGGCGUUCAAGACCAACCGAAUGUCCGCCCCAAUGAGUCCCCCAAGCCACUGAAGGAUGGAUCCAUCGGAGUAAUAAAAGUCCAGGGCCACGAAUCGGCCAACCUCAUCAAUCCUAUGCAACGCAGAUUCCUGAACGAUCUGGAGCUUUUGGAGAAACGAUGGUUAAAGGAAGAAAAGAAGAACCAGGACGAUGUUGGAAAUCUGACCAAGCAGAUUACCAUGGCCGCAAAAGGAGCAAAGGGCGCUAAAGGCGGGGACAAAUGCGGUAAAGAUGCCGAGAAAAAGAAGAAAGAAGCCGAGCAAAAGAAAAAGUGCGCUGAGCUGGCCCAAAAAGAGCAAUGCGCAAAGAAGGCUAAGGAAGAUGCAAAGAAGAAAGAGGCGGCAAAAUGCGCCAAGAUGGCCAAAGAUGAAGCAAAAAAGAAGGAACAGGCGAAAUGCGCUAAAAUGGCCAAAGAAGAAGCACAAAAGAAAGAGAAAGCAAAAUGCGCAAAAAUGGCCAAGGAAGAAGCAAAAAAGAAAGAGGCGGAAAAAUGCAAGAAAAUGGCUGAGAAGGACAAAUGUAAAAAGGGUGGCGAUAAGAAAUCCAAGAAGUAAAUGACCAUGAAGUGCAAUAAAAUAUUAUCCGAAUUUUAAAAUACAAAAUCUACAAUGGUUAAAAAUUUGUGAUAAUAAAGACAAUUACCUUAAAUUAAA